GAAUGACGUUUGAGAGAACAAAAGUGACAAGGUCAGUGACGUGUGUGGGCUUCAACUUUUGGAUUUUCCUUCUGGCUCCAACCCAAACUGAUUGCAAUCUGUUGCCUUUCUUGCGAGAUUGACUGCUUUCUUGACGAUGUCAAAGAAAGUUAUCCAAUCUUUGGUUUAUAAGAUAUCCGAGGGAGACAGUCCAUAGAUAGAGAUCUGAAGCCUUGUGAAGUGCUGCUACCCUUGCUAGCUAGCUCUAGAAGAAGCAGGAUCCGUCGUGUAGCGAGGAAUCUGAGCUGAUCAGACGGAAAGGAUGAAGUUCUUUGGUAUCCUGCUCGCCUUGCUUUCGGCGGUGUCAGUCUCGUCGUUUGCAGUUCCUUCCUCCCAUGUUGUGAACACGCGGGUUAGUACUACCCAAUCAAGUGACAGUCAGAAGACGACAGUCAGGAAUCUGGCCGAGUUGAGUGAUGACACUACCAUUUCGAGUGUUUCUUCUCUCGUCGCAGCGGCGGACACUAUCUUCAAGAGUGGCAGUAUCAACUGGAAAGCAGCUGCUGGGACGUCCGUCAUGGCAGGUGGCAUUGUGGGAUUGCUCGUUGGCUGGCAAAAAAUGACCAAGUACUUUUAUCUGCGACAGCCACCUAGCUUUCGACCCGUCCAAGAAUCCAUCUUUAAUACACUGGCAGGACUGGGAGUAGUGGGUGUCUCGCUCAACUUGAUUCUGGGUGUACAGCCCGUUCAAAAAUCGCUGACGACCUUUUCCAAGGACUUUUUUGGAAAACCCGAUAUUUUGGUCGAAAACGUCAUGUUUCUCCAUGACGCCAUUUUCCAACUGGGCGUAGCCUUUGCCAUUUGCGCCGGACUCAUGCUCAUUCGUGGAGAACGAAAACUGAUCGAUAUCGCAUCCAUUCAAGAAGAACAGAUUGAUCCACAAACGGGAAUCUACCGAUUGACGGCCGAAAAUCUAGCCCGGUACAUCAAGAUACGAGAAUUCAAUCGUCCUCAAGAACAACCCGGAUACAUUGGCAUUCAACGAGAAAUUUUCAUGGAUACCGGGGAAUGGUCGGCCAAAAUUCUGCUCUUGCGAAGUCACGUCAUGGAUCUAUUCCCGUCUUUGCCAGCUGAUUUCCGCGUCGAAGCGCUCAUGGAAGAAGACUUUGCCGCAAACAUGUACAAGGCCGUACAGGUACCCUUUUUCGCAUGGGCCUUGUACAUUCCUGCACUCGCCAUUUCCAAUUCCAUUGAUUUGAGUCAUGGAGUGGUCAAUUCCGGAGCAGCCAAUGAUGCCGCCAGUGCGGGAUACUUUUUUGACGAAUUCUUUUCCUUUGUGCCCAGUAUUUCCUCUGUCAUUAUUGGCAGUAUUUGGGGAUGGUGGAAUUGCUGGAAAAUGACACAGGUCAAGUACAUGAUCUUGCCCCGGCUCGAACCAGAUCAAGCCAAUGAUGGAAUGCCCGUCAUCCGACCACCACCCAUGUACAAUGAUUAUGUGCGCAGUACAUUUGAUGCGUCGCCACCCUCGCUCCGACGCGUCGAACGAUUCUGGGGCAAGGAACCACAGACGAUUUACGAUGAUCUCUUUGGACAAGCCGGAUCGGCGGGGUUGGAAUUGUAUGGAAAUUCCAUCAAGUACCAAUUCUGGUUGACAUUGACCAAUGUGGUGUAUUUUGGACUGCAGAUUUUGCCCCGUGAUUUGGAAGUAUUUGUCAAUGGUGCCAAGGCGGGAGAUCCCACCAAUGUUUCGGUAGAACUAUGGUUCUAUGCCAUUAUGAUGUCCGUGUCCUUGAUCAACCUGUUCUUGGUUACCCCUCGAACCUUUUGGAACUAUUCCUUGGUAAGUUGUAUGGAAGGAGAAAACUUGGUGGAACUCUUGAGACUUUCGGGCUACGGCACACCCCAACAAGUGGCACAACCACGCACAUCGACAAACCCGUCGCUGCCCAUGGGGGGUGGACCACCAGGUGCCGCCGGCCGUCUUCCACCGUCAAACAACCCAGGAGGUACUUUCCAAGGAGGAGGAGGACCUGGCGGAUUUUCGAAUGGAAACUAUGUCGACUCAGAUUACAGGGACACCUUCUAAAAGAAACACGAAAGAGGUGUUCCAUGGCGCUGCCUGUGUUCCUGUUUAAGGAACAAGCGGUUUGCUUGGACGUCGAAGAAUUUGUACGAGACACACAAUAGAUUGGGUUUUCUUUCGGCAUCUGCUCUCUUGUAAAAAAAAAAACGCAGCAAAGAUA